CCAGCAAGGUGACCUCAUGUGCCACUAGAUGACGACACAUCCGGCCCUUUGCGUGACGUUGUUUCCGGUUAAAUCGAACUACCGCUAAGCUAAUGUUUCUGAAUACUUUAACAUUUAAGUUCACUCUUUGUAGCUUCAAAUACUUUUGAAUCAAGUAAGUCGAUGCGAUGAGAAGUAUAUUGCUGUGUUUUUGGAGACUUUAUUCCACUCGUGAUGUCCACCCUGUCGGUAAUUUAGCCACAUAUGGCUCACAGUUCAUUGUUAGCUUAGCAUUAGGCAUGCUCUGAGGGUCUGCUGUCUAACGGCUAACUGUCGACAGAGACCACAGCUGACACCUAGCGUGGAAGAUAGCUUAGUUUCUCUAAAGUAUUCACAUUUAUUUAUUGUGCUUAUGCGUGUUUCUGUCUCUGAAGUACCUGGCACUUUCAACAUCUCAACACGAGCGGUCCUCAUGUGCUGAAGCACGGAGAGAUAUCCGCUUUUAGCAGACUAAGCAGUCUAAGUUUCAGGAAACGACUUUAUUGUGGUUGACUUUUCAAUCAGUCGCCUUGACUGAGUAUUUAACCCACACUCCACAAACUUAAACCCACCUGUGAUAGUCUGCUGAGAUAUUCUACAUCUCAGUCCACACUCGGAGCUGUUAUUAUUGCGUGGUUUGGGUGAUCUUGUCUGCCACGAUGGCUUCUUCCUCUGGAAACGACGACGACCUCACCAUCCCCAGAGCAGCCAUCAACAAGAUGAUUAAAGAAACUCUCCCUAACGUCAGGGUGGCUAACGACGCCAGAGAGCUGGUGGUGAACUGUUGUACAGAGUUCAUACACCUCAUCUCCUCUGAAGCCAAUGAGAUAUGCAACAAGUCCGACAAGAAGACCAUCUCUCCUGAGCAUGUCAUCAACGCCCUGGAGAGUCUGGGGUUCGCUUCAUACAUCACAGAGGUGAAGGAUGUCCUACAGGAGUGUAAAACUGUCGCCCUGAAAAGGAGGAAGGCGAGCUCUCGCCUGGAGAACCUGGGCAUCCCGGAGGAAGAGCUGCUCAGACAACAACAGGAACUGUUUGCUAAGGCACGACAGCAGCAGGCAGAGCUCGCCCAGCAGGAGUGGUUACAGAUGCAGCAGGCCGCCCAACAGGCACAGAUGGCAGCAGCAUCUGCCAGCGCCGCCCAGCAGGCCGGCUCCUCUCAGGACGAAGACGAAGAGGAUGACAUGUGAUCCCCCUGACGGCAUCCUUCAAUUUGUCUGGAUCCCUUCCUGGGACAGUGUCGGCACACGAAUCUUCUCGUACUGUCAUCGGCAGAGACAUGAGAUGUGUUAGACUGCUUAGUGUAACAUGGAUUAUACACAUUGGAAUGGACAGUGAAGAGAACGAUGAAGAGGGAUUGCCACAUGUUCUGAUACCAGAACCAGAAAAUGAUUUGAAUUAAGAGGCUGUUAAUGAAGUUUUUGAUUAAUCUCUUCGACCCCCUUUUUUUUCCAGUUGCUUCUGUUUAUGUCUUGACUUUAUGUUGUGAGUAAUUUGUAGAUUUCUGGAUGUGUUGUGGACUCACAGAGGGCAGACAUUGCUUGGGAUCUGUCAGUCAAUAUUGGUGGUAAAGCAGCAUGUGUUUGCUUCUUCAGGUACUGCACCAGAUAGUUUACCUACUGUAUGUUAUCAGUUGCUCUCGAUCACUUUAGGAUGACUGCUUUGGGAACGUUUCAGAGCAGAUGAUUUCUCCUCUCUGGCGGUCACACAGGAUUGCUUUAGGGGUUGUGAAUAUUGGAAUAUUUUUUUGUUAAGUAGAGAAAUAAGUGGACAUUUUGUUUAAAUUGAGCUCAUUCAGAUACUUUUUGUUGCAUUUUCUUUCUACCUUAAACCACACACAGUAUUGCUAAUUAGCCGCACCUUUCAGAAAGAGAAUAUUUUUGUCUCUGAACCAAAGACAGACAAACAGCCCAGACAGAUUUUGUGUUUUUAAAAGGUGUAGGUGCUACUGUGCUUGUCCUCGCUGACUCCAGGUCAGUGUAAGCAAUGUUACAGAUAAUGAACCCAUGACUUUGUAAGAUACUUUGAUAUUCAGGCUGAAUUUGUUAUUCCCCCCUCUCCCUUGGGUGCAGUAUCAAACGUUUGCAUUGUGACUGUGGUCAAUCCUCAGUGUAAAGACGUAAUUUUCUUGUGAAGGACAUUCACUUGCCAAUGCUACAAAAGGUGUCUUCUAUAAGCAAUAAAGGAAUCAUGUUUUAUA